AUGUAAAUAUGGAAGGAAUAUCUGAAAAGAGGGUUUCUAAUUUAAAUGAAUCAUAGCAAUGACUAAGCUUUAACUUUACUUAAUUAAUUUAAAAAUAACGAAUUAACUUAAAUCGAUAAAUUAAUACUAGAAGAAACUUUCAAAGGAUGGGAAAACCUCAUGGUACUUAAAGACUUCUUACUGAAUGAAAAAAAUGAUAAUAUCCAUUUCACAUUGGCUCUUAUCUAAAAUUAAAAUUAGAAUUAGAAAGCAUGGAAUGCUAAAAAAAUUAAUCUACCCAGACUAUUUGCAAAAUUUAACAAUUUUUUGAUCACAUAAUUUCAAAUAAAUUAAUUGCUUUAAUUCAAGAGAAUGAUGAGAGGUUGCGAGUCAUAGUUUACAAUUAUAAGAAUUUUAUCAAAAAAAAUAAGUAUUUUAAUGUCACGAUAGAAUAAGCCACAAAUAAUUCCUAAUUAAAAAAAAUGGUUUUUAACUUCAAAGAAUAUUUUCAAGAAACUUUAAAAAUCAUUAAAAUUAUUAAGCUUAGUAAAAGGAAAUAAAAUGUUUAGAUAAAAUAACUUGAAUAGAAAAAGAUUAAUGAAUUCAAUUUAUAUUAAUAACUUAAAUAUAUUAUGAGACUAUUAGAAUAAAUAAUAUCAUAAGCAAUUUAAGAUAUUAAAGAUAAUAGAAAUGAACCUGAUGAAAGCAUAAUGAUUUAGUAAGAAUUGGUUCUGAUUUAGAAGGCAUUAUAAAAUUUAAAUCUAACAGAUUAAUAAUUUUCAUUUGCCCAAGAGUUUAAGUAAAAGAUACUAGUCUUAUCUAAUGCGUCUCUUAGCUAGAAUAAUUUUUUGAAAGAAGCUCAAUGCAUGUUAACUCUUAUUCAACAAACUGAAAAAUAAGUCUCAAAACUUGAAAUGUUUUUUCUUCAAAAAGGUAACUUAAUUCAAUACUGUUAAAGUUUAUUAAAUAAUCUAAAUUAGCAUUACGAACACCAGAUCUAAGAGCUUCAAAAAUGCUUUAAUGAAUUUUUAGGAAGUUUUAAGACAGUUCUAAUUUUAAAAAAUGAAAUAGAGUCUGCUUUUGAACCUGAAAAAUUUAAAGAAAUUAAAUAACAAUAUUCUCGCAAGCUUUUGUUUUUUUUUAUGAAAAAGUAAAGGUUGAACAUUUUAAAGCUUAAAUUACAAUUAAUUGCUUUCCAAGAAUGUUUUAAAAAUAUAUUAACAAUACCAUCAGGAGAAUUUUAAUAAUUACAAGAUGCUAUCAAUUUAGAUGAGUAUCUACUUGAUGUAAUUAAGGAUUAUCCAAAAACAAUAAAAUGCUGCGACGAUUCUUUAUAAGAUCAACCUAUUGCCGAAUUAACUAACUUGUAAAUUACUGAACAAGACUACUAAAAUUAGUUAUCAAAAUAAAAAGGAAUUAUAGAAUACAUAAUUUUUAUAUUAAGUUUAGAAGAAUAAAUGAUUGAUUCAUAAAGUAUAGAUUUAGAAUUAAUUGAAAAUUAAUUUGGAUAAUUAUUUAAAGAAGAAUCAUGUUCUUUCACUUUAACAGAAAGAAUUAUGAGAAUAAUAGAAAAUGCUUCAAUUGACAAUUCUAUAAGAACCGUGACUAAUGAAAAUUUUAAUCAAUCAGAAUUGAAUAUUGAGAAAGAAAAAUAUGAGAACUUAUGGUAAUAAUUAAGAAUUUUUGAGAAUUGUGAUAGUAUAGAAAAUUUCAAAUAAUUCAUCAAUCAUAUCGAGAUUGUUGUUGAGCUAUUAAGAAAUUCAUAGGGUUAAAAUUUAAAAAUUUAAAAAUACCUUUUACUGAAUUGUUAAAGGAAUUAAAAAAUUUAAAAAUAGAAUUUUUAGAAACAAAUAAAAAAAAGCUUAAUUUUAUUAAUAAAUAGUAAUAUUAAAAUGAUCAAAUUCUUGUUAGUGAAAAAAAUGAUAUUCUAGAAAAUUAAUUUGAUUAUUGUGAACAAAAAAAUAUCCAGACUUAAUGUGAUGAAAAAUAUGCAAAAUAUUUAUAAAAUAUUACUACGGUUCUGAAGUCAAAAAUAAAAAAAGAUAAGCAGUAAUUAUGCUAAUUACUUGAAGAAACUUAACAAUUCUCUAAUAAACUUCAUCUCAUUCAAAAAUAUAAUAAAAUUAUAUAAGCAAAUACAUAUAACAAAUUUCAUAGUUAUUUCUAAAAAUAGAUUUAAAUUUUUGAAAAAUAACAAGUGACAACAGACAAUUUAUAAUAAUUGGAAAAAGAAUCAUUCCAAGAUUACUUUAAAAGAAUAGAAAUCAAUAUUUUGUAAGUUAAAAAUGAAAAAGAUGAUAAACCUAUUUAAUAAUAAACAAAUAUUUGUAAUUUUCUCAAUAAGGCAAUGGGAGAAAUAAAAUUACAAUUAAUUUAGACUAAGUGUAUGAGCUCAAAAAUUUAGUUUGGUUAAGAAUAUCUAAUUAGAUAAAUAAAAAAAAUAUACCUAUGGGAAAACCUAGAAGAAGAAGUAAAUGAUAUAGAAUCAAACCAACCAUUAGAAUUAUUUUAGUCUUUGAACCAAAAGUAUAAAGAUUAUAAAAAUAAUGACUAAUGGAAAAUUAAAUAGGGUCUAGUUUUUACUAUAAUUUAAAUUUCAUAAAAUUGCUUCACAGAGACAAUUAUUUAGUUUUGUUAAUAAGCUCUAAUCUAAUUAUGGGUUUUAGAAAAAGAUUAAAGAGUUAGAAAUUUAUUAAAAAACUAAAACUUAAUAAGUUUAUAGAUGUAAAUUUUGUAGAAAGACUGGAAGACUUAAAAUGAUAGAAUUGCAGGAGAAAUGUAAUAAAUGUUGAGUCGAAUCGAUUUUUUGCAAGUAUAAAUUUCUUAAGAGGCAAAUGUGAACAAAAGAGAUUUAUAUUUGAAAUAAAUAGAUGAAACAACUGAACAACUAGGUGAACAGUGAAAUGGGAUAAUAACUUAAAUUAAUAACCGACUUCGUUAAUCAUAUAAGAAAAGGUUUAUUUAGAGUUGAGGGAAAAAUAAAUGAGAUGAAGAAAUAACUAAACAGCUUGAGUAAUGACAUAAAAUUUCUUAUGGGAAAAUCUGUUGAAGAACUUUUUGAUAUUAGAAAAUCGAAAGUAUUAAAAGAAGCAGCGCAGAAAAAUGUUAGGUCUAUAUAUGUGCCAUUAAAAACAUUGGAAAUAUUUCAUCAAUUAGAAGAAGGGGAAAAGAAUAAAUAAAAGAGUAUUUUGAUGAAUUUGGAAAAUUUAUAUGAUAAAAAAGGAAAAGUCAAUGAGUUUUUAUUAGAUGAUAAAGAAGAAGUAUUAUUAAUUCAUGGGGUAGCUGGAUCAGGCAAAAGUACUGCAGCUAAGAAAAUAGAAGAGUUUAUUUGGAAAUUAUAUGACAAUAAUUAAAAAAUUGGGAAUAAACUGCUAAUACUAAUUUAUAUAUCAUUGCCCUCUUUAAAAAAUCCUGUGUUUUAAGCAGUAGAGGAAGCACUUCAUCAAAAUCAGUAUGGUGUUGAUGAGCUUUAAUUGAAAGAAUGUAAAGAGAUGUUAGAAAAGAAAGAUUUCCGAUUUCUGUUGAUAAUGGACAGUUAUGGUGAGAUGAAGUUAGAAAAUAUUUAGAAAAACUUAUAUAUUAAUAAUAAACUGAAAUAGAAUUGGUCAAACCCACUUGUUAUUUUUACUACAAGGAGUGAAAUUUUUCAAAGUAGUAACUAUUCUCAAUGGUUUGAAUCAGAAGAUAAGAAUAAAUUAAAAGAAGUAUAACUUCAAAAAUUUGAUUCUAAAUAAAUGCAAGAAUAUCUAGAAAAAUUUACAAUUUAAAGUGUUAAAAUGUUGAUUUUUGAAAUUUUUGAAUGGUAAACACAAAUAUUAAAUCAAGGUACUAUCGAUAUCAAUAAAUUUGAAAUUUGUUGGGAAAAAUUGAAAUAAUUUCUAAAAAAAGAAAUAUCAGGAUUACAAAAGGAAAAAUAAAUAAACCUUAUUUAAUCGUUUUUGAAAAAUGAUGAGUUUCUAUCUUUAAAAAGUUAUGAUGCUUUAAGAAGUUUGAGCAUAAAUUUUCAAAAACUGUGGAGCGCUGAAAAGUACAACAAAAUGAUGAGGUAAAUAAAUUUAAAUAAAUUGGUGGUUACUCCUUAUAUGAUGGAAGUAGUAGUUUAAGUGUUGCCCCAAAUGAUAUUUAAAGCAACUGAGGUAAAUAAUUUGAAAUAAAAUUUUAUAAAGAAUUUUUCUCAUGCUCUUAAAGAAUUCUACAAAAGUCAAUAUUUAAUUAAAAUGUAUCAUCAAAAAUAGAAAAAACUGGUGGCAUUUUAAAUUGGAUACGAAAACUCUUAGAAAGUUGAUUAUGAUGAAAAAUUGGAAGUUAUACUCAAAAAAAUAAAAUUUUGUAGUUGUAUUUUCAGAAUUAUAUUUUUUUUUAAAUUUGAAAAAGUCAAUUUGCAGUUGGAAUCUUAAUACAUGUACAAUUGUGUUUCGUAUUUUAAAAUAAUGUUUGGAUUUUGUAAAAGUCAAGUAAAGGAAUAUUUUUAGCCUCUUGAGUUAAGAAUUCCAUCAAUUUUUCAGUCUUUUACCAAUAAGUAUUUAUUUUGUUCCAAAACAAAAAAUUUAUGCUUCUCUCAAAUUUAAAUUGCAAUAAAAAUUGUUUGGAAUUAGAUAUUUAUUAAAAAAUUUUAAAGAUUGA